GUCGCGCGGCAGUCUUCUUCUCCCCGGUCACCGGUGUGCAGCGCAGGCCCGCCAGCCACACGGUUGUAAUAAUCGCUCCGCGGCCGUCGGACGCAGAGCACCUGUCAAUUCCACCAUUUCCGCCGCUUAAUGUUAUCAUAUUUUGUCGAAAAAAAUUAACGUUACCUGCGAACAAACAUAUAUAUUUUUACAUAUCGUACGUAACACCUAACACGAGCGAUCGCCGCGGCACAAUAAUUAUACGUUGUGUGAUCUAUAUUGACGGAACGACCAAUCGAUCGAUCGAUUUAAAAAAAAGAAAAAAACAAUCGUUCAAAUGGAAGGGUGGUGGCAUCUGAAGUUGAUGUGCGGUGUCUCGGCGUUAUUGUUCGCCGCAUGUUCAGCUCGGCCGCAGGAUCCCACCGCCGUUGCGGCCACCGUCAAAGAAGUGCCGCAGAGACCCAUGACCCUGACCAAUGGCUACCAUCCAUCAUCGUUCCCGUUCAACAACGGCGAACCAUUCGUCGUUGAUCCCAACAUGGGUUCCAUAGACUUCAAUACUAGACCACCCACGAACGCAGCGCAGAGGUCCGACGACUAUUACGAUUACGACACUACAAAGUUAGAGGAGGUGCCGUUCGACUACAAGGGCGAUCCGAUCGACAGAAAGGACGUGGCAGGCCCCGGUCUGCUGCCCAGGCCCAACGACAUUGCGCCCACCAAGAACAAGCAGACGGAUAUCUAUCAGUUCUUGAACCUGCCCGUCAAGUACAGUUCUAGUGACCGGUUUCCGCUCAUGUCCAGUUCGUACGCCAACACAAAAAUCCAAGGGUCCGGUGGAUCGUCGCCAUCGUCGCCACUCAGCAAUCACAAAAUGCCAUCCACUCCGACCCAGACGCCGACGGCUGCAACUUCGCCCACCACCACUGUCUCGUCUUGGUACAACACCAUCAAGUUGACUACAGUCAGGCCCACCACUGCCCCAACUCCAGCCCCGACAACUACUACGACCACGACCACGACUCCGAUCCCGCAGCAAGAGGAAUAUGAAUACGAUUACGAUUACCCUCAUGCGCAAGAACCUGUGUCACACCAAGAUACCACAACCGCGCAGGCGGCGACCACUACUACUACGACCACUACCACUACCUCAACCACCACUGCCGCUGCCUCCAUGAGUCCGUCGACAGUCGUUCACCGCACCAAUCCGCCGCCACCGUCGUCGACCUCUUUUAUCACGCCCGAACCAUCCACUGCUGCAGCUACUGUACCGUCGUCCUCAACCACUACAACAACAUCUCCUCCGAUUACCCCGUCAGUCUUCAAUAGAACCAUGAGCUCGGUGCAGGUUACCACUGCCAGACCGGAGAUCGACUCCAAACUGGAUGGAACGUCAUUCGCUGACUACGAUGACGCGAUCAAACCAGUGGAGAAACCGCAUCAGCCGGAGACGUACGGUCAAAACUUCAAACCCCUGCACGGAAACUACCAGUUCGACGACAAACCUUAUCCUUUGAUUACCAACAGCAAAGUGCCUAUGACGUUCACCGCUCACGUAUCGUCUGGUAUAUCGUUGAACAACCAAAAGGAACACUUGUCGAAUGUCAAACCAUCUCCAGCUCCAGUGUCGGAACCAGUAUACUCAUCUAGGCCUCUGCGCCCGGAAAACAUACCUGAUACAAUUAAGCCCGAGGAAACUGUUGUGUAUGACAAUUCGAGAGUGACGUUCAACAGUGGUAAGCUUGAUCCACCAAUAAGCCCAGAAAUGCCACCGACGUAUUCAAAACCCAAACCGCCAAAGCCUAACGGAACUCCUGAUCAGUUUGAGACAGUUUACUACAAAGUCAGACCGGAUACUUAUAACGCACAACAAUUUCCUAGCACGGUUUCAAACCGACCUACGAAUCCUCUAAUCCAAAGUCGACCUUAUCAACCAGAGCCGCCAGUAAUAAAAACUUUCCAGCCAGAUAUACCUAGAAAACCGGUGAACACAGAGCUUCAAAUGUCACAAGGACGACCACCACCAUAUCCGGUACAAACGGAUGAGUAUGUCAAAAAUAAACCUCAAUACACCCCUCCACAGAGCCAACCAGAUACAUCAAAGUUUAAACCUCCUAAACACGUAAUAAACCAUUUUAUAAAAACUCAGCCGAAUGAAGAUAAUAAAAGCUACGCACUUCAAACUUCUUUUUCAAUUGGUAUGGAUGGAGAACGGACAGAUACACGUCCAGCACAAGGUAUCGGCCAAGUUUUAAUGGUCGAAGACGGCUCUUCUGAAACCGUUGUUAACCACACGAUACCAGUAAAGACCAAAUCGACUACAUCGAUUCCACUUGUUCCCCCACCAAGACCAAUCCAAAAACAACAACCGUAUCCAAGGCCUCAAUGGGAGAACGUACCAAAACCUCCUGCAUAUCACCCACCUCCGAAACGCGAUGGCGCCAUACCUCCACCACAAAGACCAAAUUUACCCAAUAUUUUACCUCAGUUCAGACCAAACGCCAGAGUCGACACACCACCAACGGUACCUCAAUCACACUCAGCGACAAUUGAAAGGGUACAAAUUCCAAUAGACCAUUUGAGACCUCCACCACUUCCAAAACCUCAAUUUUUAAAAGUAGACAGAAAUGAUGAUAAUAUCGAUGAAGAAAUUCUAAAUAUACCUGAAAAGGAAACGAGAAUUUUACAGAGACCUGGACCACAACCAGCAAAAGUGACUACCUUGCAAAUGAUUCAACACGGUACUCCGACAAAAUUACGAGAUGAUAAUAAAGAAAAUCCCGUACAUAUUAUUUAUGCAGCAAACACUCCACCAAAACCAUCUGAAAAAAUAAUAGAUGAUUCAGUAAUGCUAGAUGUAAACGAUAGAUCUGAUGUCCCAAUUUUAAAAACUAAAACCACCAUUAUCAAGCCCACCAAAACAGACUUCCCAUAUCAAAUCGUUAAACCUGAUGAAAAUCAAAACGGAUCUUCAUUGGAGUAUAAAGCAUACAGUCCGACCAAAUUGGAUACAAUCAAACCAAAUUAUGAUCAAGAACUAGUUCCAAACCUUCAAGAUUAUGUUCCAAUUGUAACUCGUGAUUCUACUCCAAACAUUGUGGUUUCGCAAAAACCAAUUACAGCUACAUUAAAAACGUCAGAAGAUAAUCAUAAGGUAGUUGAUGAAGGCCACAAACCUCUACUACAAAAUUUUCAAAUACCCUUCCAGCCAAGUUUAAAAUUGCCAGAAAAUAGUAAUGGUUGGUCGGUUGUAAGAAAAUCACAAAUUGAUAAUGCUUCUGAGAGAAUAGAUGAAACUGGUGAUGUGGUUGGGUCUACAGAGAAGUUUGAUCCAGAUAAUUUUAAACCGCAAUUAGUUGGCGGUUUUAUGCCAAUAAGUCCUCCUUCAGAAGAUGCAAAAGAAAAAAAAACAGGUGAACAAUCCGAAAGAGCGAAAAGAUUUAUAAGAGAUUAAAUAAACAUUUAUAACAAUAACAUCAUAUCCAUUGCAAUAAAGUAGGUAUUAAUGGUUACAUUUUUUUAAAAUUAUUAGAAAGGCUCAAAUACAUAAUUUGAAUACAUACCCAUAAUUAAUGUGUAAUCUGUUGAAUGAUCACCCAGCAAGUGAAUAUUUUUUAUUUAUGUAUAUAAUGUAUAGAUACAAGUAGAUACGUUAACUAAAAUAAAAAUAUAAGACCUAACAGUAUUUUAUAAACUGUGCAAUUAAAAAUACUUUAAGUAGGUACUAUAUUAGGUACCUAUAUUAGUAAGUGCAUUAAGUAUAAACAAUAUGCAUAGGUAUUGAAUAGUAAUACAGCUACACAUCGAACUGUCAACUAAUAAUGUACUUAACCAAUACGUCGAAUAUUUAUAUUAAUUUAGUAUAAUAAUUUAUCAACAAUAUUUAUUUAUAACAUAUUUCCUAAAUAUUGUAAAAACCAUGUAUAAUGUAUAUAAUAUAUAUUUAUUUUUAUUUUACAAAUAUUGUAGACAUCCUAAAAACAAAUAAUGAAAUAAAGCUCAAUAAUUAUACUAUUUUACUUUGAUUGUAAAUUUAAUACUAAGAGAUUGUUGUAAGCUAUAAUAGUGUUACAUAUUUAUAUUAUAAUAAUAUAAUAUUACCUAUAUCUAAGUAUAGUUUUAUAAUUUGUACACAUGUAUGUUUUAUAUUUAUUUGUUGUAAUAUGAUAGCAAAAAAUAUAAUUAUAAUUGCUUACAAAAUAUUAUAGAU